UGGGUAUCGAACCUUUUGGCUCAAAAGGAAUGUAGUGUUUGAGAUAAGUUCAAUAGAUUUUUGCAAGGUGUAACUCGGUGAGAACGGCUGGCUCACCAUGUUUCCUCUAGUUCUUCGACCAGUGCAAAAGUCCGCCUCGCGGCUGCUGCUCGCGGGGACCCAUGCGGCGGUCGAGGUCACGGAUCAUGGGACUCCUCUAGAGGUGCAACAGCAGCCACCCGUGGCUGUCACCUGGAACGGGAUGACCAAUGAUCUCCAGCCACGUCAGAUGAACGUCUUGGCGCAGCCUUUGUGGCAGGGUACAGCUAGAUGGCCGCAUGCAGUGGAGAAUCUGUUAGCUCAAGGAUCCGGCGGCUCGCAAAGCAGCUCCCUGGAACAAGAUGAAUCAGAAGCAAAGGCAGCCUGUAGGGGGAAGAGCGUGUGGAGAUUUUGGAUGUGCUCCCCUGCAGUCAGAGCUCGGCAUCUUCAGGAUGGCCAGCUCUCAUCAGAGACAGGUGCCCAGUGCAUGUGGCCGGUCGAGGCCCAUGCUGUUUUUCCUCCUGGCGCCUGCGUGUGGCCUGCGAUUUUCAUGACCAGCGAUGGCUGCUUCAGCGCCGGUUUUCCUGUGGCAGGUGUCGCACAUUCAGAUGUGACGACACAGCCGCCUAUUCAGCAGCAGCCAGCGCCCAGCGGUGAGGCGAGGUUGAAUACCACGCAGCUGCCAGUAGAGGCAUCUAGCGGGUCAUCCUCGCCAAGAGCCGUGCUCCGCACGGCCGCGAGCCGCAAGCAGCGCCGCCGUUUGAAGGCCGCGGCGGAGGGUCGCGAGGACAAGGAGAUGCCGUGGGGAAAGCCCAGCCGGUUUGCGCCAACGGCAAGAAGCCAAUGCUAUUAGGUUGGAGGCCAUCGGUACUAGUAACAAGAAGAUACUACAUAGUAGCUCCUGACAUUUCUGAGAAAGCCAACAUCUGCGGUGCGGCAGGGGUGUCACGGGAGGCUUUUUCUG